GUAAAAUCUCUACAUACCUGACAAUCUCCCGUCUCAUCUACCUACUUCGUAAGUAAACUUAUCCCCUAUUCCCUCCCAGAAGCAGCGACAAUGGUGGAUACGCUUAAGAAUCUAAAGAUCAAGACGUCGUCUUGCAAACGCAUAGCAAAGGAACUGGCCUCGUAUCAGAAGGAGGUCGAGAGGGAAUACUCUAAGACCACUGAAAUGAAGGCUAAUAAUGCCGAUCAAUAUGACCUCAAACAGCAGGAAAAUGUUCUGGCUGAAUCCAGAAUGAUGAUACCUGAUUCCUACAAGCGUCUAGAGCAUGCACUGAGUGAGCUUAGAGGAGCCCUGGACGAGCUUGAUGAAGACUUGACAAAAGAAGGUCCUGAGGUUAAAGAUGCUCAACAGGUCAUCACCGAGGUAGAGCAGAUGCUACUAAAGAAUGAAUGCAAACAAGAUGACCCCGAGGUAGACGAAGCCAACAAGUCAAAGGUUGAAAAGCUGCUUCAGAGUGAAAAAGUGUAGUGCAGAUGAAGUCAAAGUCCAACCGUGCUGGUUUUUCUGGAUUUCAUGUUUUUAGCUUCUAUUUGUUACCAAAUGUUCUUGACAUCGUAACUAAAUGCUCAUCCAUUAUGCUGAAUUUAGGUUCAUUUCAUGCUAGCUGUUUAUUGUGUCCACACCCAUUAUUAUAACCAUAAUAUCAUUAUAUCAUACACUGUCACAUGUGAGUCAAAGAGAGUGAUUUCACAGUGUAGAGCUCGUGUGGACAAUUUGACACUGUCUACACAUGUUGCAUUGGACAAUUUCACUUAAAAAGUGAUCUUUAAAGUGAUUUUGGAUAAAUUGAUUAGUAUGGAAAAAUUAAAGUUUAAUUUGGAGUGUUU